UGGGCUCGGUGAAAAGGUCUUUACGUGGGUCGGAGGAGUGCUUCCCGUGUUGGCAAGAAAACCAAGACAGUUACGAGCUCUUUCUGUGUGUUAUUUCUCGACUUUGUGUGUUCAAUUUCUACAAAAGUCUUCACUGACUGUGAUUGUCAGUGUUUUUAAAUCGGAAGGGUUACGCUUUUUUUUUUUUCCACGGAGAAACUUUACAAAGGAGUAAACGAGCUAAGUUCUAGGAGGUGUAUGUCAGGAUGGCCCAGUGGAACCAGUUACAGCAGCUGGAGACCAGGUAUCUGGAGCAGCUCUACCACCUGUACAGUGACAGCUUCCCCAUGGAGCUACGGCAGUUCCUCGCCCCCUGGAUCGAGAGUCAGGACUGGGCUUACGCUGCCAACAAGGAGUCACACGCCACACUGGUGUUCCACAACCUCUUGGGAGAAAUAGACCAGCAGUACAGCCGCUUCCUGCAGGAGAACAACGUACUCUACCAGCACAACCUGCGCAGGAUCAAGCAGCACCUGCAGAGCAAGUACUUGGAGAAGCCGAUGGAAAUCGCUCGCAUUGUUGCCCGCUGUCUGUGGGAGGAGCAGAGACUGCUGCAGACCGCCACCACUGCUGUACAGGAUGGCCAGGCUGCACAUCCCACUGGGACAGUAGUGACAGAGAAGCAGCAGAUUCUGGAGCACAACCUCCAAGACAUCAGGAAGCGGGUGCAGGAUAUGGAACAGAAGAUGAAAAUGCUUGAGAACUUGCAGGAUGACUUUGACUUCAAUUACAAGACAUUGAAAAGCCAAGGAGAGUUGUCCCAGGACCUUAAUGGGAAUAGCCAAGCAGCUGCUACCAGACAGAAGAUGGCUCAGCUCGAGCAGAUGCUGAGCGCCCUUGACCAGCUGAGGAGGCAAAUUGUGACAGAGAUGGGAGGCUUGUUGACCGCCAUGGAUUACGUACAGAAGAACCUGACUGAUGAGGAACUAGCAGACUGGAAGAGGAGGCAGCAAAUUGCCUGUAUUGGAGGUCCACCUAACAUCUGCCUGGACCGCCUCGAGACAUGGAUCACAUCCCUGGCUGAGUCCCAGCUCCAGAUUCGUCAGCAGAUCAAGAAGCUGGAGGAGCUCCAGCAGAAGGUGUCCUACAAAGGAGACCCCAUCAUCCAGCACCGGCCCGCCCUGGAGGAGAAGAUUGUGGACUUGUUCAGAAACCUGAUGAAGAGUUCUUUUGUGGUCGAAAGACAGCCUUGUAUGCCCAUGCAUCCAGACAGACCUCUGGUCAUAAAAACAGGAGUGCAGUUCACAAAUAAAGUGAGGUUACUGGUAAAGUUUCCUGAACUCAAUUACCAGCUGAAAAUCAAAGUUUGCAUUGACAAGGAAUCCGGGGAUGUGGCUGCAAUUCGAGGGUCACGAAAGUUCAACAUCCUUGGUACCAACACAAAAGUUAUGAACAUGGAAGAAUCCAACAAUGGCAGCCUGUCAGCAGAGUUUAAACACUUGACCCUGAGAGAACAGAGGUGUGGUAAUGGUGGCCGGACCAAUAGCGACGCCUCUCUGAUCGUCACAGAGGAGCUCCACCUUAUCACUUUUGAGACCGAAGUCUAUCAUCAAGGCCUGAAGAUCGAUCUGGAGACUCAUUCCCUGCCUGUGGUAGUCAUCUCCAACAUCUGCCAGAUGCCCAACGCCUGGGCUUCCAUCCUGUGGUACAACAUGCUCACCAACCACCCAAAGAAUGUGAACUUCUUCACCAAGCCUCCAGUGGGGACGUGGGACCAGGUGGCCGAGGUUCUGAGCUGGCAAUUCUCCUCCACCACCAAGCGAGGCCUGACCAUUGAGCAGCUCACCACACUGGCUGAGAAAUUACUAGGGCCGUGUGUCAACUACUCUGGCUGUCAGAUCACUUGGGCCAAGUUCUGUAAGGAAAACAUGGCAGGCAAAGGCUUCUCCUUCUGGGUGUGGCUGGACAACAUCAUUGACCUGGUGAAGAAGUACAUCCUGGCCCUGUGGAAUGAAGGGUAUAUCAUGGGCUUCAUCAGUAAGGAGAGGGAGAGGGCCAUUCUGAGUCCAAAACCUCCGGGCACUUUUCUCCUGCGCUUCAGUGAGAGCAGCAAGGAGGGCGGCAUUACAUUUACAUGGGUAGAGAAAGACAUCAGUGGAAAGACCCAGAUGCAGUCAGUGGAGCCCUACACCAAGCAGCAGCUCAACAGCAUGUCUUUCGCCGACAUCAUCAUGGGCUACAAGAUCAUGGACGCCACCAACAUCCUGGUUUCGCCUCUUGUGUACCUUUACCCCGAUAUCCCCAAAGAUGAAGCCUUCGGGAAAUACUGCAGGCCAGAAGCAGCUCCUGAGCCGGAGAUGGGCGGAGACUCUACAAGUACUAUUCAGCCAUACUUGAAGACAAAGUUCAUCUGCGUUACACCCACAAACUCUGGAAACACCAGCGACCUGUUCCCCAUGUCGCCGCGCACCCUAGACUCCCUGAUGCACAACGAAGCUGAGGCUAACUCUGCACACCUGGAGUCACUCACGUUGGACAUGGAUGUUGCAUCACCCAUGUGAGGAGAUUUGUUCCUUUAUUUUCUCUGAUGGGUUUUGAUAUUGUGUCGUGAUAGAGGAUUUAUUGAUGAUUUUAUUUUUUCCCUCAAUUCACAUAAUCUACCUGUACAGCUCCUGUGUAAAAAAUGUCUCCCUUUCAAACUGAAUGAUUUCGCAAGACGUUCUUUCAAAAGAGCAUUUCCACUCGUUUAAGCUCUGACUGUCUAUUUGUAGCUCAGUGUUUGAAACUGUUGAUUGAAAAUAAUCAGUUGUAUUUUAAGCAGCAUCUUGCUCCCAUUCAGUACCUCCACAUCUGCGUAUACGUCUUGCGUACCUUUUUAAUUAUCUGGAAUUAUAUUUUUGAGAACAUUGUAUUGACUUUUUCAAAAUGAUUAGGAAUUAAUGUGUUUUUUUUCUUUGAAUAAGAAAUAUAACAAGAAUAAUUGUUCUAUAAGCUAUAGCGCUGUCUAAUCGUACCAUUUUGAUGCAUUUAAUGGGCCGUUUUAAGUCUCUUAUCGCAUUUCUAGCCCCCGCCAAAUGUUUUGUCAAAGGUGUCCCACAAUGCCUUGGUUUCAUUGAAAACGGUUGGUUUCAGGAUAGCUGUCACUAUCAUGAAAUUUCUUAUUUCUUAUAUGUUUCUCAGAGCUCUUUGGGAAUGUUAAAAAGAAACUGUCGAAGGAGAAAAAGACAAGGAAUUUAAGACGAUUUAAGGUUAUUAUUCCUGUAUUAUUUGUUCCCCUUAUAGUGUUGUAAGACAUUACGUGAUAAAACCUAUAAAAGUGGUGUUUGGACUGUGACUUUAUCACUGCCACUUAUAUACUGUCAUUUGUGAUCAUGUGCAUGAAUUCAGUUGACAUGAAAAGAUAUGUAAUGUAAAUCAUUCUUUGAACCUUUUCUUUUCAGAGAAACUUAUUUUAAGGUUUCCACGGAUGGUUGAGGAAGAUGUGACACUCUAACAGAGUGAUCACAGUAAGGUGUGUCACAGUUGAUUUUUAACCGUUCAUACUGACGAUCAAAACUGUCAAGCCACGUGUUGUAGUAUGUCAUACCAUGAAAUGUUGAGAGGAUUUUUGUAAAAUACGCUAAAACUAUUCUUUUUUUUUGGCAAUAAAAUCUGUCAGUGUAA